AUGAAAAUCACAUCUGCGAAGCAAAGAAGUGCCAUCCAUGAUAAAAUGGAGAGGUUGCUUUUAGUUUGGAUAAAUGAACGGGAAAUUAAACGAGAUGUAACUAGUAUGCCUUUCAUUCAAGAGAAGGCUAGAAAAUUUUUUGAGAAAUUGAAAGAACAAUCUCCAGCUAUUCGUAUCAUUCAAAAGGCGUGGUCAGAAGUCACACAGCGACAAUUGAUUUCUGUUUGGCGGAAGCUGUGUCCAUCCUUCGUUCAAGGAGAUGGAGAUGAUCAUGGAGACAUCCCUGAAAUUAUGGAUGAAAUUUCGACAACUGCUAGAGAUCUGGAAUUGGAGGUGAACGAGGAUGACACAGAAGAGCUCAUAAUGGGACAUGAAGAUGAACUGACGACAGAAGAACUCCAAAAAAUUCUGAAUGAAGAACACCAAGAAACACAGCGAAAUGUGUCUCCUUCUGAACAAGAGGAAGACGAAAGAGGACCAAUGCCGACAUCUGCCAUUAAAGAUCUUUUGAAAAAGUGGGAGGAUGUCAGAGCAAUGGUCUUAGAAUGGCACCCAAAUAAAGCUGAUCAAAAAGAGAGCUUUUGGAAUCAAAUUGUUCAAACACAUUGCAGUGGUUUAGAUAUUGGAGUAGUAUUUGUCGUGGAAAUGCCUUGCAGAUACAAUUUAAUUUUCAUUCUGGUUUCAUCCGUUGUCUAUUGCCAUGGAUUUGACUUUGGAAAAAUUAUUAAAAACGCACGUGAACAGGCGAUCAUAGCAAUGGGUGAUUCUUAUGUAGGAUGUUUUAUCCACCAAUAUUGUGAUUGUGAAUUAACUGCAGAAGAAUUAACGUGCUUCGAUUAUUGGCAUAGAGAUACUUGGAACACUUAUAGAGUAUUGUGGAAUGCAGAGUGUGAAUUUAAAGAUAGAUACGUUUUCCCGGAAUGGAAAAAUGUUUCUUUAUCUACUGAUAUAUUGAUACCCUUGGUCUGCAACAACAGAGACUCGACGAAAAAAUGCCUUUUGAAAACAGUUAGCACAAUUCUAGAUUAUAAUGGCAAGCUUGAAAAAGAAAAAAAUUCUCCUAGCCGUAGGGAGGAAUUUGCUGGCAUGGAAAAAUAUUUGACUUGUCUCAAGGCAAUCAUGACCUCUUGCAUGGCGUUUCCAUAUUAUUGCAAGAG